AUGGAUAAUGCCAAGGAAAAACACAAAAAUCCAGUUGAAAGUUUAUUUACUAAAAGUGUCGAAGAUUUUGUUAUGUCAGAAGAUGAUUCUGCAUCCGAAAACGAAAACGACAGUAGUGAUAUCGAAGAAGGAGAAGCAGAUGAAACUUUUAAGGAAAAGGCUAGUAAAUUUUUAGAUGGAAACAUUUCUUUUAAUGAGUAUAAAGCUGUAGUUGAAAGCAAUGCUGAAGAUAAUGUAAAUGAAGUUUUUAAAAAAAAAUAUGAAAUACAAGAAAAAGUGAAGCGAGUAAGAAAAUCAUUGCCGCCCGCUUUGGAAGGUUUGAUGGGACAAGCUAAUAUGUGUUUUGUUAAAGGAGAUCAUGAAUCAGCUUUACAAAUGUGCCUUGAAAUCAUCAGACAAGUACCUAGUGCUCCAGAGCCUUUUCAAACGUUAGCCGAAAUUUACGAAGAGAAAGGUUUAAAAGAAAAAAGCUUGCAAGUAGCAAUGAUAGCAGCUCAUUUAAAUCCCAGAGAUUGCGAGCAGUGGAUUAAUUUAGGAGAAAGAUCAUUGCAAUUGAACAAUUUGUCAGAUGCCAUAACUUGCUAUUCGAGAGCCAUCAAAUAUGACCCUGGUAAUAUUAAUCCUCAUAUUAUAAGAUGUCAGUUAUUGGAACAAAAAGGUGAUAGAAAAAGUGCUAUUAAAUCUUACCAUAAAUUAGUAGACUCUGUCAAAGCAGAGUUUGGAUCUUUGAUCUUAGAAUAUGCAAAAAUUGCUGCUCGUUAUUAUCAUGAAGAAAAUGAUAUUCCAAAAGCUAAAGAAGUAAUGGAAACUGCAUUUUUAAAGGUACCUAACUCGGUAUCUUCAGAAGAUGUUAAUUUAUAUGUUGAAUUGUUAAUGAUGGUUAGAGAUUAUAUGAAAGCUUUAGAAAUUAUAGCAAAAUAUUGUGAUGUAAAAAUAGAAGGAGAAGAAGAUAUUGUAGCUGAUGAUGAGACUAAUCAAAUAGCUUGUUCUUCUUUUAGAGUGCUAUCUUGUGAUAUUCCAACAGAAAUACCUGUGCAAAUUCAUGUAAAGUUAAUCGUUAUUUUAAUACAUUUAAAAUCUUGUCAUCUGUUAGAUAAUUUGUUGGCUCCUUUUUUAGAACUUGAAAAUGUUGAGCAAAGUGGAGAUUUAUACAUUGAUGUCGUAGAAGCUUUAAUGUCUGAGGGAAUGCAUAUUGAAGCCUUAAAAUUAUUAAAACUAUUAACAGAAAGCAAAAAUUAUAGUUUACCAGCAGUUUGGUUAAAUUAUGCUGAAUGUUUAAAACAUUUAGGGAGAUUAGAAGAAGCUGUAUCAGCAUAUUUGAUGGUUAUGCAGCAAGCUCCAAAACAUGUGGAAGCAAGAUUAAUGGUAUCUCAAUUAUUAAACGAAUUAGGCAGAAGUGAUGAAGCGAUAUCGGUUUUAACUCAAGAUCCUGAAGCAGGUUCCUUAGAUACUGGAUUAUUAUAUGAAAGAUGUUUAUUACUGAAUGGUUAUAGUGAAAGGACUGAUGAAUUUUUAGCUGUAGGAAGAUUACUGUUAUCAAGGCAUUGUGUAAAAAUAACAAAAAAAGAUGACCUUAUGCUCCUUUCAAAACUCAAAGGAUAUGCUAAAAAACAAGAAGCAAUGAAAAGAAGUAAUGAUGCAGUUAAGGUAGAGGGUCCAGAACUUGUUGAAGGGAAAAGAUUACCCACUUCAGAUGAAGAAUGGACUAUAUUUUUGUCUUUGUGUAAAACAGCCUAUGAAACAAAACAGUUUGCCCUAUUACAAAGACUUACUUUUUCAGCACUUGGAUCUCCUGUUCUUAACAGUAACGAAAAAAAAGAAUCUGAUGUAUUUUUCUUGGCUCUUCUUUCUUGUUUUUACAAUAAAGAUUCUUUUCAUGGAUAUAAUUUUUCCAGGGAUAUCAUUCUAAACAAUGGUUCAACAAAGGCUUGGAACUUAUUUAAUCUAAUGCUUUUAGAUGCUGAAGAUUCUCGCCACUACAGAUUUAUUAUGAGACAGUUGUCCAGAAAGCCUACCCAUCCUGCUUUAAUAAUGUUAUAUGCCAACAAUUGUUUUGUCAGUGGAACAUAUAAAUAUUCAUUAAGUGAAUACAUGUCUGUUUAUAGGCAAGAUCCUUCAGGAAUAUUAGCUUUUAUGAUAUCUCUUACUCUUCUACAAAUGUCGUGUCAAAAAUUCACUGAAAAAAAAAAUUUACUUAUUACUCAGUGCAUUGCAUUUCUGUGGCAGUACAAAGAGCAAAGGGGAGAAUAUAAUUCUCAAGAAAUACAUUAUAACAUGGGAAGGUUGUUUCAUCAACUCGGACUUUAUCCAGCUGCUUUGUUUCAUUACAAAAAAGCUUUGAAUACAGUGAGCAAGGUAGCUGAAAACCAUGGAGCCAAAUUUGAUCUUAAAAGAGAAAUAGCUUUUAAUAUUUCUUUAAUAUACCAAAACUCUGGUUCAUUGGAAUUAGCUCGACAUUAUAUAGAAAAAUACAUAGUGAUUUAA